GUUGUUAGUCCGUCUUGCAAAUUAAUUUAUUAUAUUGGACGCGAAAGUUGUUCAGCCGUGUUAUUUAUAAUUCGUCACCUGAAAUGAAAACGCACGUGUUUCACCGGGAGGAGGGGAGCAUUUGUCGACUUUUUGUGUGCAGCUUCCCCAUGCACUAGGCAUCUGCCUUGCCCAUCUUGAUAGGGCAGAUGUUCCGGGACAGCUCAUUUACUGAUAGCCCAGACUUAACUCGUGGAAUAUUAGUGGAACAAAGGAAAUAAUUACGCUGACGCCUGAUGACGUCUCUUCGCCCCGAGAGUAUUUCUGGGUUUAUUGCAUUUGAGGUUGCUCAUCAGUUUUGGUUUUCUCUGAGACGAUGCAGCGUCAAUCAACUACAGUAGGUUUAAAAAGAAAGCGGCGUCCAUCAGAUAGUUGUGAGAACAUCGAAAAUGAGCCUGUUAUAUUGGAGAAGAAAAGGAGAGAAGAUAGAAACUAUGUAGACAAUGACAACCAUACAAUGGAGAGAAUUCCUCUGACAGAGUUAUCUGUCUUGGCUUUAUCUUCUACUCAGGAUCAUGAUGAAUCUUCUGAUGAUGAGGCGAUUGAAAAGAUUAGGUCAAGCAUCAUAGAAACUGAUGAUUCCGAUUGUGACGAAGAUGAAGAUUUCUUCAUGUCUAGUCUCAAUUCAGGAGAUUCAUCUGAAAGUAAUGUCAACACAAAACGAAGUUUCGGCUGGCUAUCCUAUUUGGAUUUUUGGUCAAGUUAUUGCGAUGAUAGUAGAAGUGCCACAAAUAUCCGUUUACCGACACCGUUUGUCAACCAUCCAAAUUUACAGCCUCGGAUGAGAAGCGUCCUUUUAGAAUGGUUAAUUGAAGUGUGUGAUGUGUAUAAAUUACAUCGUGAGACUUAUUACUUGGCAUUAGAUUAUCUCGAUAGAUUUUUAAGCAUAACCAAGAAUAGACAGAAGACACAGCUACAACUCAUAGGUGUCACAUGCCUUCUUAUAGCAGCAAAAUACGAAGAAAUAUUCCCACCAAAAGUAUCCGAAUUUGCUUAUAUAACUGAUGGUGCAUGCACUGAGGAAGAAAUAAUUAAAAUGGAAUUAGUUAUGAUAAAGGCGAUUGAUUGGAGGUGUACUAUUCUGUCAGCAAAUGGGUGGCUUUCAACCCUGAUGCAAUUAGUUUACUAUCGCACUUCUUCAAAAAAGCAAGACAUCAUGAUUCAGCAGUAUUCGGUUAAAGCGUUUAGCAAAGUUGCUCAACUUUUGGACCUUGUAAGCUUAGACGAAGGAUUUUUAAGCUAUUCUUACAAAAUACUUGCCGUUUCAACCAUGUAUCUAGCCUUUUCAAAAUCCAAUGCUUUAUCAAUUUCUGGUCUUGCGUUAUCUGAUAUCAUCACUUGUGUUUCCUGGAUGGAACCUUUUUGGGAUGUGCUUAAGGAAAAAUUUCCAUCGGAUGAAAAUGUGAAUACUUUUCCUUCAGAUUCAAAAUUCAAACCAACCGAUUUCUCUCACACCGUUUUAAAACAUACCGUGACAUUGGAACUACUUGAAGCUGGCCAAGCAAAAUUAUUGUUAAAAUCUGAUCCGAAGCAUCAGACCGAUGUGGGAUUGCUAACACCACCCUUGAGUUCCAAGAAACAAUCACUUUAAAUCAUUAAUAUUAAUGUGAUUUGUAAAUACAAAAUUGUUUUGUUUACCAGUUGUUAGUUGGAUAUGUUUGAACAAAAUUUAGGAUUUUUUUAAUAGCAUUAAUAAUUUAUUGUAUUGGGUUGUGCCUUCCGGAAAAAUAGAUAGUAAUAACGCUCAGUAUUCUCUUGAUUCUUGUAAUUUAUCAAUUCAUUUGCCUUGAUACUUUGCAGUAUCGUUUCAACUUGAACUGUUUUUUAUUUUGUUUUUUGUUUGUUAAUAGUUGGUCAGAAAUGAUGCAGUGUGACAGGAAGAGAAUAUGAGUUAAACCAGGAAUCGUUAUAAAAGAAAUACAACAUAUUUAGUUGAAUUGUGACGAGGGCACUACCAUUUGACUGUUUUGAUUUUUCUAUUGUUUUAUUGAGCCAAAUCUAGUCAAAGACUAAAUUAAAUGAAAAACACUUGCUUGUCCUUGUUGUCAAGAAUUAUAAUAUAGCAUACUUGAAUGCGAUUUAUCAACAUCUACUUUGCUAUGAAUUUGUUAUUUGUCAGAAUUGCAAUUCGGUUUUUAUGUACAUUGCAUUGAUGAACAAAAUUGCUUUUCACUUCUAAUUUAUUCAGUUAUUCUUAAAUUAAAUUAAUUAAAAGAUAUUUUUUUAUGUUAGUUUAAAUAGCCGAUUUAAUACUGAAGACUGUUACAUUUUAAAUAUAGUUAGUCAAUUUUUUUAUA